AUGAACUCAAAUCGACCAGUAUUACAUUCUAUCGCCAUGCUGCGCCAGAUGUUGAUGUCACCGUCAACUCUAGAUUCCAUUCGACACAAAGAGAAGGAAAAAAGGGUUCACCCCAAAAGGGGAGUGAUGGACCGCAGUGACUGCGCCACGCUCCAGCGGACGGGCAUGUACCUUACAGCUGACUCCAGCGGUGCUGCCGGUUUCGCCGCUCACAAGGCCGGUGGUGGCAAGCUGGCCGCCGUGGGAGCUGCUGCUGUCGGUGCCAUCGGUGCCAACCUGAUUGAGCACGCUUUCAAGAAGCGCAAGGAGGAAAAGGAGAUGCAGAACUUGGCCUAUGGCGGUAACAACGAUGGCCACCACCACCACCACCAUCACCAGAAGUACUAA